CUUAGCUCCGUGAUCUAUCGUAUCGUCCAUCAAGGUCGUCAUCGGUCGUUGUCCGAAAGUGGUCGUCUCACACAUACACUGUCACCACUCACUCAUCCACAACAGACACAUCACCAAGCCUCAUCCAUCCAACAAUCCAUCUUCAACAUGGCCUCCGAGCAAAACUCCCAGACCUCUACCAGGGCCUCGUCCCCCAAGCUUGACGGCAAGUUUGACGACAACGCCUCCGUCGACUCCGGCUUCGCUUCCGCCAACUCCUCCACCGCCAACCUUCCCUUGAUUUCUCUCACCAAGCCUCAUCUCGACCACCUAAACAAACAGCUCGAGAACAUGGAGGCCCUGGACAUCCUCCGCUUCUGCAAGAUUCUCUUCCCCAACCUCUUCCAGACCACGGCCUUCGGCCUGACCGGCCUCGUCACGCUCGACAUGCUCUCCAAGCUAGCCAAGGAGUCACCCGACGCGGCCCCCGUCGACCUGAUCUUCCUCGACACGCUCUACCACUUCAAGGAAACCUAUGCUCUUGUCGACCGCGUGCAGGAGCGCUACCCCAACAUCCGGCUGCACGUCUUCAAGCCGGCCGACGUGUCCAACGUCGACGAGUUUGAGGCCCUCUACGGCGAGAAGUUGUACGAAACCUCCGAAGAACUAUACGAUUGGAUCGCCAAGGUGGAGCCGCAGAACCGCGCCUACCAGGAACUCAAGGUGGCUGCCGUUUUCACAGGCCGCCGCCGCUCCCAGGGAGGUGCACGCGGCUCCAUUCCCGUCAUUGAGCUGGAUGAGGAGCGCGGCAUCGUCAAGAUCAACCCGCUCGUCAACUGGAGCUUCCAGCAGGUCAAGGCCUACAUUGAUGAGCACCAAGUGCCUUACAACGAGCUGCUCGAUAAGG